AUGGCCCGUGUCACCCUCGUGUCGCCGCUCUGGCUCCUGCUCCAAGGCUGCUGCCUCUGCCUGGCACAGCUGCGGGGGCCGCCAGGAGAGCCCGGCCCGCGAGGGGCCCCCGGCCCCCCAGGAGUGCCCGGAGCCGAUGGCAUCGAUGGUGACAAAGGCCCCGCUGGAGCCCCCGGUACCCCGGGAGCCAAGGGCGAGCCUGGAGCCGCUGGCCUGGACGGGCCCCCGGGGAAGCCGGGCAUGGACGGCCUGACGGGAGCCAAAGGGGAGCCAGGAGCCACCGGCAGGCCAGGGGUCAAAGGCCAGCCCGGACUCCCGGGGCCACCAGGGCUCCCUGGUCCUUCCCUGCCAGGACCUCCUGGGCUUCCAGGCCAGGUUGGACUUCCUGGGGAGAUUGGAGUGCUGGGACCCAAGGGUGACCCCGGACCCGAUGGCCCCAGGGGUCCCCCAGGCCCUCCAGGGAAACCUGGCCUCCCAGGACACCUCCAGGGCGUGGAGGGCAGCGCUGAUUUCCUGUGCCCCACCAGCUGCCCCCCGGGUCCCAAGGGCCCCCAGGGACUGCAGGGACUGAAGGGACACAGGGGCCGCCCCGGCGCCCUCGGAGAGCCCGGCAAGCAGGGAGAGCAGGGCCCCAAGGGGGACGUUGGUGCCUCUGGAGAACAAGGAGUCCCAGGCCCUCCGGGACCUCAGGGGCUCAGGGGCUAUCCUGGCACGGCAGGACCCAAGGGUGAGACGGGUCCUGCUGGCUACAAGGGCAUGGUUGGGAGCGUCGGCGCGGCCGGGCGGCCGGGCAGGGAAGGCCCCAGGGGACCGCCUGGAGAUCCUGGUGACAAGGGAGAGCUGGGUAGCCGUGGCUUCAGGGGACCCCAGGGUGACAUCGGCCCCAAGGGGGAGAAUGGUCUCCCUGGCAUCGAUGGCAAGGAUGGCACCCCAGGGAUCCCAGGAGUGAAGGGUGGCACAGGACAGGCCGGACGCCCGGGAACGCCAGGACACCGGGGACAAGCUGGAUUGCCAGGACAGCCAGGAAGCAAAGGUGGCCCAGGUGACAAGGGUGAGCCGGGUCCUCGGGGCCACCCCGGUGUCACCGGUGCCCCAGGGCAGCUCGGCGAGCCCGGACCCCGCGGUGAGCGGGGCCCGCAGGGUGUCCCCGGGCCGAAGGGUGACAGGGGCGAGCGUGGCCUCGUGGGACCCCCCGGCGAGCAGGGCAGAGCGGGGCCAAAGGGUGAGCAGGGCCCACCAGGGAUCCCAGGACCCCAGGGCUUGCCUGGAGUCAAAGGAGACAAGGGCUCUCCAGGCAAAACUGGCCCCAAAGGCAGCGUUGGAGAUCCCGGUGUCCACGGCCUGGCAGGGCUCAAGGGAGAGAAGGGGGAGUCAGGAGAGCCAGGACCCAAGGGACAGCAAGGCAUCCAGGGCGAGCUGGGCCACGCCGGCCCCUCGGGGGACGCAGGAGCGCCGGGAGCUCGGGGCUACCCCGGCCCGCCCGGGGCUCGGGGGCUGCUGGGGGAGCGCGGGGUGCCGGGCGCGCCGGGGCCGCGGGGCGCCGCCGGCCGGGACGCUGGGGACCAGCACAUCGUGGAUGUGGUGCUGAAGAUGCUGCAAGAGCAGCUGGCAGAGGUGGCCGUGAGUGCCAAGAGAGCCGCCCUGGGCGGGGUGGGGGCCGUGGGACCCCCCGGCCCCCCUGGGCCCCCAGGGCCCCCCGGUGAGCAGGGUCCCCACGGCCCCAUGGGACCCCGGGGCGUCCCCGGAAUCCUGGGAGCCGCCGGGCAGAUCGGGAACGUCGGACCCAAAGGGAAGAGAGGGGAGAAGGGCGAGCGGGGAGAAGUUGGCCGUGGCCACCCGGGAAUGCCGGGUCCUCCAGGGAUCCCAGGUGUCCCGGGGCUGCCGGGCCGUGCUGCGGACGGCCGGCCGGGCGAGCGGGGCGCUCGGGGGUCCCCGGGGCGGGCGGGCGCUGCGGGCGCGCCGGGCGCCGCGGGGCUGCCGGGGUUCUGCGAGCCGGCCGCCUGCCUGGGAGCCUCGGCCUUCGCUGCCGCUCGCCUGCCCGAGCCCGGCGGCAUCAAGGGCCCCCUGCUCUGAGGAUUCCAUCCCAAAAACCCCGUUCCCAAAAUCCCGC